GCUGCGCUAUAAAAGAGCUGGAAAAGCAUCCAGUUAAAAAAAAACGAUUGAGGUGUUCACAACACAUUUAGCAUUUUAUUCUGGAGAGCUUUGAGCUUCACUAUGAAGUGGCAAAUGACAGUGUGCCUGAUGUCCCUGCUGCUUCUUCUAAGUGUUGAGGCAGUAGACCCAUUGGAGGAGCGAAUGAAACUUCAGGAAGUGACAAAAAGCAGGAAGUACCUGAUGUUAAAACUUCUGACUGAGCUGUUGGAGUCUGAUGACAAUCUCUUGGAAAAUGACUUCACGUCUUUGAGCCCGGGAGAUGGAGAAGAGAGUUCAGUUGAAGAGAGGUCGGUGAACGCGGGGAUCCCCCGCAGACGGCAGAAGACACCUUGUAAAUUGUUCUUUUGGAAAACAUUCUCGCACUGUUAAUUAUUGAUGGAGUUUCUAAACCAGCAGCAUUGUAUUAAAAACGGCUUGUUUUCCUGUAAAGGCUUAACUUUAAAAGUAUUACAAAUCUGGCUGCACAUCUGUCCUUUUUCGAGAUUAUAAUUGACGCUAAAAGCCUGCAAUGAAUUUAAGUUAAGAAUGACCCUUGAAGACAUGUCAAAUCUUGUUUUAGCAAAUUAAACCCAAAUAAAUUUUCUAAGUUUAUUUUGUAAGGAAGGUUAUUCUUUGGCAUGUGUUUCCAAUGACUUUCCUGCUGGUUUCUCUAUUCCCCAUCCCAGCAUUAUUCCCUCAUCUCCCUGACUUCCCUCUCCCCACAAAGAUGGCCUUCGAUCCAGUUCCCCUCCCUCCCUGACUCAAACCUGAAUUUGAUUGUAAUACCUGAAUGUAUAGAAUGUAUAGUCUCUCUGCAUUGAAUGUAUAUACUUACCGAACAGUGAGUGUUGCCAAUAAUAAAAGCAUACAUUUACA